AUGAUUCAAGGCAUCUUUUACGCCAGGUUCUUCCCUCAAGAAGGUCCCAAGAUUGUCGCCCAGUCUCCUGCGGGCUGCAUCACCCCCGUGGACGGCUCAACUAAAUCCCCUCUCAUUGAUUUUGACGUGCUUCAUGAGUACAUCAUUCCCAGGCAGGCUUUUUGCAAUCGCUACCUGACCAUUAACACACCAGAUGGAAAGUACACAGUACUAGGACACCCUGUGGUUAUUCCUCACACGAAAUACUCUCGUAAUGAGUUCAUCUUCAACUUCGGCCUCGUUCUUGACGCUGACGUCGAUCAUGUGCCUUAUGAGCGCGUCGUUCGCGGUCUAGCUUCUACUUUCUCCGAAAUGGAGAAGCAGAAUGAGUAUCUAAGUCAGAAUGCAGAGACAAAGGGCGCAGGGAGGAGACCCAUCGACAGCUUAUUGGAGAUUGUCAAGGAGGAUCUGGACAACUAUGGAGAGUGCAUGAUUCCUGUCGACGAGGCCAACACCAUCAACAUGAAGCUCUUCCCUCAUCAUAUUGACCCUCCCAGGGUUCGAGGUUGGCAUGUACCCGUGCCCAAAGCCAAAUUCGCGGACAUAAUGGACCCUACAUGGGAUCUUACCCUGCAAAAGGUCAUAUCCCAUAUCGAUGGUGUUUCUGAUGUUCGACGCAUCGCCCACGCAGCUUCCGUCUCACUUGAGCUAGCCAAGACUGCACUCCGCCAUCUUCUCUACUAUGAUACCAUCCUUCUCCUCGACAUGUUCUUUUUUAGUGCAUGCUAUGCACCCCGUCCUGGCAUCCACGAUUUUAUUCGAAACAUUGACGGAAUGGUUGACGAGUGUGCUUCGUAUGUUUCUCACGGCCGUGGCCUCGUAAGCAACUAUCACCUUAUUAAACUUAUGUCCACAUUCACUCCAGGCAAGUCCGUCAUGGAAUGGCUCAAGGGGCAUCAAGACUCGGGCUUUGAAGUCUUGCGUUUCGUUGAUGUUCGCAGGUUCGUCCAAUUCGGCGUCAUUAAAGGUUGCAUAUACAGGGUUCACAAGUUUGUCGUCUCCAAGCAAUACCUGGCUGCUCUGGCAUCUGGCCAGAGUCGGCCGAUUACAGGAGGAGAUCCCCUACAGAAGUAUACAGAUGGCUGCCAUCACUUCGACCAGAUCAUUACAGAACAAAACUUGACCGACAGCGACAUUAUGGAGAAGCUCAAGAAGUUACCGGUCCCAAAGGGCGACCUGGCAGUCUUUUACAGAUAG